AUACCAUGAGGGAGAGAGGCCAUACCAGGGACUCAGUGCAGUGCAGAGUUAAAGUCAAGGAGCUCAGACAAGCCUACCAGAAAACCAAAGCAGCAAACGGCAGAUCCGGAUCAGGGCCAAAAACAUGCUGCUUCUACGCUGAGCUGCAUACAAUUUUAGGGGGCUGCGCCACCACAACCCCCCCCUUGUCCGUGGAUUCCGAGGUGGGGGUUAUAAUCUCACCCAUGGAUGAGGAUUCAGCGGAGGGGGAAGAUGAGGAGGAGGAGGAAGAGGAGGACGAGCUUGCUGAAAGCACACAGCACUCCAUUCUCCCCAACAGCCAGGAGCUUUUUGUGACCCAGACGGAAUUACCGUCCCUGCCCUUCCAAGCCACUAGCCCAGACACUGAAGCCAUGGAAGCUACCUUUGCUGCAAAUUUUUCAAGCCUCCCUACUCCAUCCCGAAGGCUAGCUCAGAUAAGGCGGAGGAAGAAGAGGACACGAGAUGAAAUGUUCACAGAAAUCAUGGCAGUAACCCGCAAUGAAAGAGCUCAUCUGGGGGAGUGGAAGGACGUGGUAGCAAAGUACAGGAAAGAUGCCAGUGAACGUGAGGACAGGAGGGACCAACGUGAGGUCAGGAGGGACGCUAGAGAUGAGAUGUGGCGGCAGGAAGAUCAGAGGUGUAGGCAGGAAGAUCAGUGGUGGCGGGAUGCAACGCUGGAGCUGCUGCGCGAUCAAACUGACAUCCUCCGACGUCUGGUGGAUCUUCAGGAAGAGCUGCGGGGUCACAGAGUGCCGCUCCGCCCAUGUUUAACCACCCUCAAUACUCACUGUCCCAUGCCAAUGGGUGAACCCCAUGACUCUGGCCUGAAGUUUCUGGGAGAGUCUCGUCAAGCAGACAAAUGCAGGAUCUGCAAAGAGUUUCAUCCUCGGACUAAGAAGGAGCGGGACUUUCAUUUAAAACAGCUCCUCAUGGAGGUGGCUCUUAGCCCUCAGCCUCCUGCGGCGUGCCAAGAUCUGGCACCAAGCGCUUCGGUGCACAGCGCCCCAGCGGCAGGAGCUGCCUUGUGGUUGGAUUCUGAAUGA